CAAAGAUUUGGCGAUUGGACUUCUGAAUCACAGCUGCUGUAGCAUAUACCUUCUUGUAUUAUACUCAUUUUUCUGUUGUACUAUACCUUUUGAACAUUGCGCAAGUCUGCUCAUUGUUCUUUUUUCUUUCCCGGUCCUUGUCACAAAAGUUCGGCUGAAGCAUGGCUGCAGAGAACGAGACGAAAGCUCAAGAUGUGCAGAGCAACGGCGCAGACGUGCAGAGCAAUGGAGUAGAGCAACACGAGGCCCAGGAUGGCCAAGAGGUUGAGCAAGAGCAGGAACAAGCAGUGGAGAAUGUCUUCCAGCUCACCAUCCGUCUACCUCACGCUCCGGGACAAUGUCAAAUCAUGGUUAGCCACCUCGAGCAGGUGCAGGACAUUCGCCAAUCCAUCAUCGACCUCCCCUUCACCUUCCAAUACACCUGUUUCCACCUCGAGCACAAGAGAAAGCGCAUCAAUGACUUCAUCGAGCUGUCCGAGGUGCCCGACAUUCAGCAAGACCCGGAGGCCCACCUGGUCGAGGAUCCCUACACCGAGACACAAGCCCGCAUGCACUUUGUUCGCAUCCGUGAACUGAUUGGCGCAUCUGGUGACCGCACCGACUUGCUGCACGGCAUUGACGCUGGCCUCUCGCUCCACGAUCACAUCAUCAAGCCUACACCUGCCGACCAGCCCGAGUCUCCCGCUAGCGAACAUGCCAUGGUCGACUAUGACCUCGAUGCCCGUGGUUCCGUAAAGACACUCCUUUCGCCCUCCCCCGAGAACGCUCCCAAGACUGUCAAGUCAUUGGCUCUUUCAGCAUGGAACCCUGCUCCCUACCACCUUCGCCAAAAGGGUCACCUCAUGUACCUCUUGGUAACCACCCUCGAGGGCGAGCAGUUCCACAUCACCUCGCACGUUUCCGGCUUCUUCGUCAACAAGUCGACCAACAACAAGUUCGACCCCUUCCCUCGCACCGCUCCCAAGCCCCACUCUGCUCACUCGCUCCUCACUCUUCUUGGCCAAAUUUCGCCCUCCUUCAACGAUGCUUUCCGUAGCCUGCAAGAGUACAAUGGCCAGCGUGAUCCCCUGGCCGCCUUCCAGCUCGCCAACGCCGUCCCUGCCAGCCCUUGGCUCGUUUCGCCCAACUCGGCUUCUCUCAACAGCCACGUCGCCGAUGCUGCCCGUACCCAAGAGAGCUACCUCCUUGCUGGUCCCGAGAAUGCAGAGACUCUUCGCGACUGGAACGAGGAGUUCCAGUCAACUCGUGAGCUUCCCAAGGAGAAUGUCCAAGAUCGCGUCUUUAGGGAACGACUCACUGCGAAGCUCUUUGCCGAGUAUAACGAGGCUGCCGUUAGAGGUGCCGUCCUUGUUGCCCGUGGUGAAGUUGCUCCUCUCAACCCUACCGAGCCUCGUGACGCCCAAAUCUUUGUCUACAACAAUGUCUUCUACUCGUUCGGUGCCGACGGCGUUGGUACUUUCGCUGCCGAUGGUGGUGAUGAGGCUGCUCGUGUUGCUACUGGCAAGGAUAUCAUGGGUGUCAAGGCUACUAACCAGCUCGACAUUUCUGGCAUUUUCACUCCCGGUACUGUUGUUGUCGACUACCUUGGCAAACGUCUUGUUGGUCAGAGCAUCGUACCUGGCAUCUUCAAGCAAAGAGAACCCGGCGAGCACCAAAUUGACUAUGGUGGUGUCGAGGGCAGAGAUGUCAUUGCAGAGAAUGACGACUUCAAGAAGCCUUUCGCCGAGCUCUCCAAGGCUCUGCGCGUAAAGAGCCACCCCGUCUGGGACAAGGAAAACAAGAGACACGAUCUUGAAGCCAGUGUUGAGACCAAGGGUCUGCUUGGAACUGACGGCAGAAAGUACAUUCUCGACUUGUACCGCAUCACUCCAUUGGAUGUUGCUUGGCUCGAAAAGUAUCGCAAGGACAAUGGCGCCGAAGAAGACAACUACCCUCACAGAAUGGCUGUCCUCCGUCCCGAAUUGGUCGAAUCAUACUGGAGACUCAAGCUCCGCGAGUACGUUCAGGCCGAGGUUCAGAAGCGUCGUGAGGCCAAGAAGGAGGCCGCCCCUGAAGGUGAGGCUGAGAGUGCCGAAAAGAAGGAGCCCGAACAAGAGCGUGUCGAUGUUUCUGGAUUCCAGUUCAGCCUCAACCCCGACGUCUUCUGUGGCCAGCGUCCUCAGACCGAGGAAGAGAAGGAGCAAUGGUCCAAGGAUGAGGUCGAGGUCCGUGCAGCUUGCACAUAUUUGUCAGAAGACAUCAUUCCCAAGAUGAUCUCCGACCUUCAGGACGGUGAUGUUGGCUUCCCUAUGGACGGCCAAUCAUUGACCAACCUCCUUCACAAGCGUGGUAUUAACAUGAGAUACCUUGGAGAGGUUGCCCGCCUUUCCGACAAGCCCGAGCAGCCCCGUUUGCAGGCACUCAAGCAGCUUGCAAUCCAGGAAAUGAUCGCCAGAGCAUUCAAGCACAGCUCCAGCAAGUAUCUCAGAUACCAAUCACCACCGUUUGUUCAGGCUUGCAUUGCUCACUUGCUCAACUGUUUGUUGGGUGCUGAGCUCAACGCAAAGCCCACCGCAGAGACUGAUGCAUCUCUCAAGUCCUUCUACCCUGAGGAGGACUUCUCUUACGAAGCUGCUACUCCCGAGUCAAUCAAGUCUGACAUUGUCGCUGAAAUCAAGAAGCGUUACAGAUUCGACCUUGGCGAUGCUUGGGUACAACCUGGCAAGCAAGUGCAAUUGCUUCGUGAAGUCUGUCUCAAGCAGGGUCUCCAGCUCCAGGCUAAGCAGUAUGGCUUCACCAAGGAUGAUGCACCUGCACCUGCUCCUGUUCAGACUCCUGCCCCUGCUACUAACGGUACUUCUGGUGGCAAGAAGAAGAAGAACAGGGCCAACGCUGAGCGCUCACCUGCUCCUGUUGCUGCUCCUUCUGCUCCCUCUCAAACUUUCCACCCCGAUGACGUCCUCAACGUUGUUCCCAUCAUCAAGGAUGCUGCACCUCGUAGUGUCUUGGCCGAGGAAGCUCUCGAGGCCGGCCGUAUUUCCCUCUCGCAGGAACAGAAGGAGCUCGGUCAGGAACUGCUCCUCGAAUCUCUGUCUCUGCACGAGCAAAUCUAUGGUAUCCUUCACCCCGAAGUAGCACGCGUAUACUACGCCCUGUCGACCAUCUACUACGGUCUCGAUGAGAAGACUGCUGCUGUUGAGCUCGCCCGCAAGGCAGCCAUCAUCUCUGAGCGUACUCUUGGUGUCGACCACUCCGAGACCGUUCUCAGCUACCUCAACCUCAGCUUGUUCGAACACGCAAGUGGCAACACCAAGAACGCCCUUGCAUACAUUCGUCACGCUCUCGACCUCUGGAAGGUCGUCUACGGUACCAAGCACCCCGACUCCAUCACCACCAUCAACAACGCUGCCGUCAUGUUGCAGAGCAUGAAGCAAUACCACGAGUCUCGUCUCUGGUUUGAGUCAUCUUUGGCCAUGUCUGAAGAGGUCUCUGGCAAGAACUCGGUUAGCACCGCCACAUUGCUCUUCCAGCUCGCUCAGGCAUUCGCACUGGACCGCGACUACAAGAGUGCUGUCAACCGCAUGCGCGAGGCCUUCAACAUCUUCAAGAAUGAGCUCGGUCCCGAAGAUCGCAACACCAAGGAGGCAGAGACAUGGCUCGAGCAGCUUACUCAGAGUGCUGUUUCGCUCGCCAAGCACGCCAAGGUUCUCCAGGAUAAGAAGAUCAUGUUGAGACCCAAGGCUCCCAUUGUCGGUAGAGGUGCUAGACCCCAGCCUUCCAUCGGUCAGAGCAUUGAGGAGGUCUCUGCUCCCAGAACUGCCGAUGGUACCAACGACAACAGAAGCGUCGAUGAGCUUCUCAAGUACAUCAACGGCGACGGUAGCAAGACUACUCCUAAGAAGAAGCAAAACAACCCCAAGAGAAGACAAGGAAGAUCCUAAAUAGGUGUACAUGCUGUACAUAUCUAGAAAAGGUCAAAGGUGGGAAGUGACUUUUUUU